GGCGACUCCGCGGACGUCCUCCCUGCCGCCGCGCCCCGCCCAGCCUCCGCAGCCUACGGCUGGACCGCGCCGCCGAGAAGAUGCGCCUCAAGAGCCAGAUAAUUAGCACCAUGGAGCCUCAGGUGUCAAAUGGCCCGACAUCCAAUACAAGCAAUGGACCCUCCAGCAACAAUAGAAACUGUCCUUCUCCCAUGCAGACAGGGGCAGCCACAGAUGACAGCAAAACCAACCUCAUAGUCAACUAUUUACCCCAGAAUAUGACCCAAGAGGAAUUCAGGAGUCUCUUUGGGAGCAUUGGUGAAAUAGAAUCCUGCAAACUCGUGAGAGACAAAAUUACAGGACAGAGUUUAGGGUAUGGAUUCGUUAACUAUAUUGAUCCAAAGGAUGCAGAGAAAGCCAUCAACACUUUAAAUGGACUCAGACUCCAGACCAAAACCAUAAAGGUCUCAUAUGCCCGUCCAAGCUCUGCCUCAAUCAGGGAUGCUAACCUGUACGUUAGCGGCCUUCCCAAAACCAUGACCCAGAAGGAACUGGAACAGCUUUUCUCACAAUAUGGCCGUAUCAUCACCUCACGAAUCCUGGUGGAUCAAGUCACAGGAGUGUCCAGAGGGGUGGGAUUUAUCCGGUUUGAUAAGAGGAUUGAGGCAGAAGAAGCAAUCAAAGGACUAAAUGGCCAGAAGCCCAGUGGUGCUACGGAACCAAUUACUGUGAAGUUUGCCAACAACCCCAGCCAGAAGUCCAGCCAGGCCCUGCUCUCCCAGCUCUACCAGUCCCCCAACCGGCGCUACCCUGGCCCACUUCACCACCAGGCUCAGAGGUUCAGGCUGGACAAUUUGCUUAAUAUGGCCUAUGGCGUAAAGAGACUGAUGUCUGGACCAGUCCCCCCUUCUGCUUGUCCCCCCAGGUUCUCCCCAAUCACCAUUGACGGGAUGACAAGCCUUGUGGGAAUGAACAUCCCUGGUCACACAGGAACAGGCUGGUGCAUCUUUGUCUACAACCUGUCCCCUGAUUCCGACGAGAGUGUCCUCUGGCAGCUCUUCGGCCCCUUUGGUGCAGUGAACAACGUCAAAGUCAUCCGUGACUUCAACACCAACAAGUGCAAGGGAUUCGGCUUUGUCACCAUGACCAACUAUGAUGAGGCAGCCAUGGCCAUUGCCAGCCUCAACGGGUACCGCCUGGGAGACCGAGUGUUGCAAGUUUCCUUUAAAACCAACAAAGCCCACAAGUCCUGAAUUUCCCAUCCUUACUUAUUAAAAUAUAUAUAUAAAUAUAUACGAACAAAACACACGCACGCACACACACAUACACACGCACACACACAAAAGAGAGAGAAACAAACUUUUCAAGGCUUAUAUUCAACCAUGGACUUUAUAAGCCAGUGUUGCCUAAGUAUUAAAACAUUGGAUUAUCCUGAGGUGUACCAGGAAAGGAUUUUAUAAUGCUUAGAAAAAAAGAAAAAAAACACAAAAAAAUACCUUUGAUGCAUUGAAUGUUCUUUCAUAGCUGUCGUUGUUGACUAUAAUAUACAUAGAUAGCGACGUGCAGGGAUUUUUACCCAGCCAGCUAACUUUACUACCUUCCUUGAAGGUGGGUCUUUUUAAGAUGACCAUUCGCUCAUUUGAAGAAGAAAAACAAAAAACAAAAAAAAAUAAUAAAAAUAAAACAAUUUUUACAAAGUAAUGGGAUUCAAAGAAAGAAAAUAAAGAUUUUUCUUUUUUGUCAAAAUGUUGAUCCAAUCAGAUUGGUUAAAAAAAAAACCCACACAAAUUAAAGAGGAAUAAUAAAAAUUGCAAAAAUUAAAGAAACUUUUGCAAAUUUUUUUAUUUUUCCUUUUUUCUUUUAUAUCAUGUGAACUAAAACAGUCUUCUGUUAGGGGAUGGGGGCGAGGGGGAUACCUGAUGACAUUAACAAUUUAAUAACAUUAACGUUGCCAAAGAGGUGGUCUCUUUGCUGAAAAUGGGUUUCAAGAAAAAUCUAUUUUUAUAAAAUAUAAAGAAUUUUUACAAGAGAAUCUGGAUUUGAGAAAAAAAUAUUUUGACUGGCUAAUUUAGGGGAAAUUGACAACUUUGUCGCGUUCAUACUGCACUGGUAACUUUUUAGAGAUCAAGAUGUGUGUUUUAAACUGGAUUCGUAGACUGUUUUUUGAAGGAUGGGCUAUAAACAGAUGAUCUUCAUAUCUUUUCAUAGCAUGUAAUAAUAAUAAAAAAAUUAUUAAUUACUAGGGGAAAGGAGUGUUCAUUCUACCCAGGGUACCACAGUUCCCCACAGUCAAAACCCAAAAGCAAGGAGAUGAGUUGAAAGACAGUUUUUCUUUAAGUCAUCAGUAUGGGAUGUCAGCAGAACAAAAUUAAAAAGAUUAAUUUUUCCUUUUGAUCUAAAACUUCCUUAGUUUGAGCAGUAGGUGCUACGAAAUUAUUUACAUAUCUUAGUAUCAUAGUUAAAUGUAAUGUGUUUAGGAGAGGAAAACAAAAACUACAUUUGCUUUAAAUUCAUUAAGGAAUUUUCAAAUUCACUUUGUAGCCCAUGCUGAUAGAAUUGGGCUGUGUUGGUACAUUUGAAACACUGUUUAUGUUGCUUGAAACACUUAUUUAUUUAAUCGCAGAUGUGAUGAUGCCUAUGGCCGAGAUCAAAUAUAGCUAGAUUGGCUAGACUACUUAUUUGUUUACUUAAACUAUGGGAAGAAGCAUAUUAUUGUGUCAUUCUGUUGUGUGUGUAUGUGUAUAUACAAUAUAAAUAUAUAUAUAUAAAGUUAUUUUU